AUGAAGCACGGGUGUCUUUUCCUCGUCGCUUCCAGCCUCUUUGCCAGCAACAGUAAUAUCAUUGCGUAUGCUAGCUCGGUAAGAGGUGCCCUAGCUUCAAGCGAAAGCGAAAUGACAGGAUCUUCCAAUUCUCGUCGUCCUUUCGCAGCCAACGACGUUCUGACCUGCCGCGUCACUGUUGUUGGCACAAUGUUGGACAUUAACGACGAUCGUUCCCAGGCCAACCAAGAUGAGCAGAUAUCUUGUAUUCCCAUUGUUGAUGAAAAAGAACUUGACAACGUCUUUCCCCUGGAUCUCCCUGCCAAAGUACUUGCGGUACACAUGUCCUCCAUUGAACGUGCUAGCUUGUAUGUUGCCGUCAAGGGUGCCUAUGUUACCGAAGACCAGCUUGUCGUCUCGGACAAAGCUGCGUAUGAAGUCUUCAAUGAGCUACCGGGACACCUACGACGCCUCGAAGAACAACGCCGCGACCUCUUCACCACUGGUACCAAAACGUUGGGGGUCGUUCGAAUAUCCACCACCGAUGCCCAACCCAUGUUCAGCGCUGCCCAGCUCGAAGAUGGCAUUUUCGGCAACGGACUUAAAAAUGAUGGUGUCACUGUUGUGUCGCAGUAUGAAGAAUGCUCCUUUGGGAAGCUUAAGUGGGGUAAAACCAGAGAAGGGGUCGUUGACAUCAAGGUCAACCAGUCCAUCAAAAGCUUCAAAUCUGCAUCUGAUCUGGUCACUGCCGUCCAGAAGCAGAUCAAGGCCGAACGAGGCAUUUCCACAGUGGCGAGUCUCGGUGACAAGGUACUGAUGUGCUUGCCGCCUGGUACAGGAAGCUGGGCCGCUAGUGCCGGUGUAGGUCACUGGCGUGCGCAAUUCAACAACGAGUGGUGCCUGAGUUUAACGGGCUUAGUACACGAGCUUGGUCACACGAUGAGUCUUGGCCAUUCCGCGGAGGACGGCAUCGAAUACGGAGACGUGAGUGGAAUGAUGGGCUACGGGCGUAGGAAUGCGAAUGGGCCUCGCAAAUGUUUCAAUGGAUACAACAACUUCAGGCUCGGCUGGUACUCCGACCGCACGAUGAAAGUCGACCCCAGUACUAGUCCUCGGGUGUAUAAGCUGGCUACUUUCGUGGACUACGAUAAGACCAACAGCAAGGAACCGGUCUUAAUCAACGUCGGUGACGAAUAUUUUCUUCAGUACAAUCGAGCCAAAGCUUUCAACUCUGGCACGGAAGAGAAACAGAACCUACUCACCGUCACUACUGACACCGCAAACACAUCAGGAUCUACGAAUUUAGGGGGCUUCCGAUCCGGUGAAACAUUUAAUAAGGUUUCCAACUAUCAAUCGUCACGCAAACGACUUGUAGUGAAGGUCUGCGACCAAAUCAGCGGCAACGGCAGCUCACCCGACGCACUGAUGGUCAGUAUUGGCUUGGAUGGUUCCGCCUGUGGCCAAGUACAGCAACCUGAUGACAAGCCUUCCUUUAGUAUCGACAAGGCGAUCAUUUUGACGGCGGCCAAGACAACGAAAAUUUAA